AAGUCAGUCCUUUUUAACAAUUCUACGGAUACUAGGCUGCCGAAUUUUAUCUCAUCGCAUAGCAGCUCGAUCAAACAGCACAUGCAUCCGUUCAUAAGACGAUUGUUCGCGACCUGGCGUCGUAAAAAUCAUACGCCUCGUUCAUUCUCAUUCAAUCAACGCAAAAUGUCGUCUUCUACCUCUGCGAUUUUAUAUGCGCUUACCGUGUCGGCUUCGCCUACGGCUUCGAUACCGGAUGACGCAGCGAGUAAACCGCACCAUGGGAAGGGCCGAUUCCAUAACCCUUGGGAUUCGUGGGUGGAAUUGGCGCCUCUCGAUAUAGGAGGCGCAAUGCUGAAACGAGCCAUAACUGGCGAUCUGAAAUGGCCGGAUACCACCCCCCCAACCGUGACAGUCCACAAACCAAACUUCCUCCCAUCGCGCGAAACGUCGAAAUUGCGCGCAACCUGGCUAGGUCAUGCCUGCUUCUACGUCGAAUUCCCCGGCGGCCUUCGAGUUUUAUUUGAUCCCGUGUUUGAAGAUCGCUGCUCGCCGUUUUCAUGGAUGGGUCCGAAACGAUACACAAAACCUCCUUGCGACGUUAGCGAAAUACCCGUCAUUGAUAUGGUUGUUAUAUCUCAUAAUCAUUAUGAUCAUUUGUCGUUACCGACUGUGAAGGCGAUUUCGAAGAAACAUCCUAAUUGUCAUUUUUUUGUUCCAUUGGGGAAUGCGUCGUGGUUCAAGGAGGCUGGGAUUGAUAAAGUGACGGAACUGGAUUGGUGGGACCAGCGGGAUUUGACAUUAUCGCCGACGAAGGAUGAUUCUGAGAAGGUUACUGAACCUGAUGCGCCGGCUUCAAAGUCUGCAGAGAUUGUGGGUAGGAUUAGUUGUCUGCCCUGUCAACAUACUUCUGCUCGGGGACCGUUCGACCGUGCCAAGACUCUAUGGGCGUCUUGGGGCGUAGAAUCUGGUGGGAAGAAGGUGUACUUUGGAGGCGACACCGGCUACAGAUCCGUCACCGAACUAAAAGACGUCCAAGACGACCACGCAGAAGAAUACAGCAAUCUGCCCGUCUGCCCUGCCUUCAAACAAGUAGGCGAAUUGCACGGACCAUUUGACCUUGGUCUCAUCCCGAUUGGCGCAUACGAUCCUCGAUGGCUGAUGAGUCCUAUGCACGCCGAUCCCCACGAUGCUGUCAAUAUCUUUCAAGACACGAAAUGCAAAAACGCGCUUGGUAUUCAUUGGGGUACGUGGGUGCUCACGGAGGAAGAUGUAUUGGAGCCUCCUAGAAAGUUGGAGGAGGCUUUGAAGAGGAAUGGUCUUCCUGAAAAGGGGGUUUUUGAUGUGUGUGACAUUGGCGAGUCGCGAGAGUUUUAGUUAUUACCAUGUUACACAGUUGUGGGGGCUGCUUUUCCGUUUGUACAUUUUGCAUCCGUAUAUAUCUGCAUGGCAUGUAUAAUAGAAUAAUCUCAUUGACCUAUUUCAUC